AUGGCCUUUCGAAGAGAAUGGUGCUGCAUGGUGGUAGCGUUUUUGAUGUUUUGUGCCGUUAGUCUAACAGCAACUGCUCCGCAAUCAGAUGGGACAAUUCAACGUGAAGGGCUCGAUAUGCAAAAGUGUGGUGUUCCGAAGGUUGCUGUUCGCAGUCGCAUCACUGACGGUGAAAUCGCAAUCGAGGGUCACUGGCCCUGGCAUGGUGCACUGUUUCAUCUAAACGAUUACCAGUGCGGUUGCACGUUGAUCAACGAGUUAUUUGUGCUGACAGCUAGUCAUUGUGUGUACGAUAGUGAUACAGGUUACAAAAUUAGUGAAAAGUUGGUACACAUUAGGCUGGGUAUGCAUCGACUGUCGGCCAACGGUACUGGCCCAAUGGUGUCGUUUGCGGUGCGCAAGAUCAUCCCACACGCGAAAUUCGUUCCAAACAGCCAUAAACAUGACGUGGCAAUGGUGCGGCUCAACAGAACCGUACAGUUUACGAAUCACAUUCAACCAGUUUGCCUGGAUCUGACCGAAACGAUAUGGGUCGAGUAUUUGGCGGACGUAUUCGGCACGGUUGUGGGCUGGGGUCUGACCGAGAAGAAUCGCAUCUCAGACGAGCUGCUGAAGGCGGAGCUCCCGAUAGUACGCUAUACAGACUGCGUCGAAAGUAACCCUGACCUCUACGGCCGGCUCAUCUACAGCGGGAUGUACUGUGCGGGAAUUUUAAACGGCACAAGCCCAUGCAACGGUGACAGUGGUGGCGGGAUGUACAUUUACCGUGACAAGCGGUGGUUUCUGCGGGGUAUAGUUUCAUUUUCGGGCAUUCGAGAGGGUACUAACUACUGCGACUCGUUUAGCUACGUCGUGUUUAUGAACGUACCGUACUACGUGAAAUGGAUUGCGACGGAGGUGGAUGCAGCACGGGACGAACUGUUGAAAGAUUCCUCGACCACAGUGAAACCGAACCUAUCCAACCGAUGGGAUUCCGAUCUGAACGAAGACUACAAGGAAGAUAACAUCUAUUCGCUGCGGAUGGAAAUGGAUGGUGACAGCUCCUUGGUCGUACCCAGAAUGGAUCAGGAACUGGCCAGGGUUUGGAUGCGUUCCGUGCGCUGUGGAGAGACUGUGACACUUUCGUGCAAACGGUCUGCAGGUCUUGCCCACAAGACAAUACGCUGGUUUAAGGUGGAAAACGGAGCACGGACAUUUUUGAUUGAAAAUGAAACGCUCAUCUACCGUGACGUGCGCUAUCAUCAUGCUGGAGAAUAUUGGUGUCAGGUGACCGACGACACCGGUACAUUGCACGAAACUGGUUUGCGGCUGUCCGUGACACGGGUACCGAUACGUUUCCAGCAGGGUGAAAACAUAUCGUACGUCGCGUAUGACGCGCUGGUGGACGAUCGAUUGUCCACCCAGUUCAGUUUCGAGUUGACCUUUAGAACGAACGAAUCGGAUGCGCUACUGUUCCACAAGCCACCGAUAACUGACGUGGAGAGCUGGUCCUUUUCGUUGCUGCUCGAACGCAACCGCCUUACGCUACGCAUCGUUCCUCCCGGUCAGUUGGAAAAGGUUUUUCGAAGCGUCAAGCUACAGCUACAACCCACCCGCUGGCAUACGGUACUGGUGAGCAGCUAUGACGGUCAGGGAUUGAUGGCACUAGACGGGCAAUAUCUGUUGGGAUUUGAGGGUCAUAUAGUGCAGCAUCGAGUCGAUCGAUACUACAUUGCAAAUGCACCCGGCCUUAGAACGAUCGGUUUCAGUGGUUGUGUGAGCCGAUUGAUGAUAAACGAUAAGGUGCUGCACUUGGAGCGAGACUUGGCCGAGCGUAUCAACGUGGGACAAUGCGAGUUUUGCAAUUCCGAGCAAUGCAAUAUGAGUCCGUGCCCCGUGGGACAACAGCACUCCUGCAUAAAUUACGUCUGCAGCGAGGGACGAUGUGACGGUCCGGAUGUUUUGUCGCCCCAGGAUGACUGUGAUUUCGGUGCAGGACCGUACACACGGGGACUUAGGUUCCAGCACAAUAGUUACGCUUCCUAUAGGAGUUUCCUACAGGCGGUACUAACUGUUGAUUUGCAGCUUCAGCUCCAUGGUUUGACCGAUGGAAUCGUACUCCAUACCGCGGAGCACAGGCGCGGUUUUGGCAAGUUUAUUACGGUACUGGUGAAGGCGGGACGGAUUGAGCUGCGAUUUACGACCGAUGCACAUCUGCAUACGAUUUAUCUCGAGUCCACCGCCAAGCUGAUGAUAGGCAGAUGGUAUCGAUUGCAGGCUGGAUACCGAGAUGGGUACGUCUACUUGCAAGUGGACGAUGAGCAGGAGGUUGCCCGAAGCGUACUUGGAACGGUGUUCCCUACCGAUCGGCAGCUGGUUGUAUUCGUCGGCGGUGUUCGCUGGCAGGGCUUCAUAAACCGCCACAAAGAUGUGAAACAAGGGUUGGAUGGGUGCAUAAAAAGGCUCAAACUUUCCGGACUUCCGGUGGAUCUGGUGGACGAUAUGGUGGAAUCCGCAAAUAUACGCAGCUGCCUGGACGAGACGAGCUAA